GACGUGAAGUGAGCCUUGCCAGAGCAGCGGCUCUGCAUCCGCGCCCUCUGCCUGGAGAAGGCGUUGGGGAUGGGGAGGAGGAGUCGGCCGUUCAGACGAGCUGAAGCGGUCGUUGCUCUCUGGGCACACCGAGGUGCAACCACGGUCACCACACGGCGGCGAGCUGCUGCUAAAAGGCACGUAGAGACUCAGGCUGAAAGCAUGAAUGUCCGUGCCGCAGUUCAGGUCUCGGGCUGUGGAGAAUGCCCGGCCCUGUCACUGCUACAGGAGGGCAGCCGGGAUACCGCCUGUGUGCGGUGUGAGCAGGUUAAGGCUUAAGCAAGCUGACCAUGGGAGCCGAAAAAGGCGGAGAAAACCCCAUCAGGUAGAGGACUUGAAUGGCUGAAGUCCCUUUCAGCUUCCACCCUGCAUUCUACUGCUGCUCUCUAAACUGACGACGUGAUGAAUGUCGGGCAGGACACGGCCCGGCUGCUGGCAGCUGAUUUGAGCGCAGCCAUACAGGUGAGACUUCCUGAUAGGUUAGGACAUGGCCUUGGGAACGAUGCUGGCAGCUAACCCAUGGGCAGGGUGCCACGGAGCAGUUACCCUGUUGCACAACCCUGCCUGCUUUCCGGUUAAAGCUAUGGGGGAUCAGCUGGUCCUCCAACCCCACAGGUAAUCUGGGGAGAGAGAGUGGGUGUCCCAUUAAAACCCUUAAAAUCACGCAUCCAAAUAGUGGAAAGAGAGGGACUGAGGUGCCUUUUUGAGACUGAUGUGGGCAGACUGGGAGAGGCAAAGUCCAACCCAAGUCCUUCUGUCAAAAUGAACCAAUAAUAAAUGCUCGUUGUUUCUGAGAUGUAUGGCUGUUGCAUGCUGCCGAUGGCCUCUUCCCUGCACAUUGUGAUUCCUCGCAUGGCCAGGCAGGCAGGAGGCUGGGGAAAGCAUGCAGCACCCGCAGCAGCACAGGUAAUGUUGGUUCAGGCCCUGCUCUGCAGUGGGGGAGUCGGCUUUCACUCUAAUGAGGACCUUUGGCUCCAUAGGAUGUGCUUUGUGGAGUUGUUCGUCCUGUCAUUAGUGGUGACUUCUCUUCAGCAGUGGAACAAGUGAAACACUUAGGCCUGGAGGAUGGUUUUUUUUUUGGCUCCAUCCCUGGUAAGUAAUAUCUCUAUCAUUUCUCUUGCCUCUCCAGCUACAGGUCUGAGCUGGUCCCACAGCACACCUUGCACAUUGCUGUUGAUCUGAUGUGUCCCAGUAAUCACCGUUUCUAACACAGAGGGCUGUUCACUGCUGAGUGGUUUCAGAGCCGUUUGGUGGUGCCUGAGUGUAAGAUUUGGAUGAAGAUUUCUGGUUAGUUCAGCGGUGGGCCUUCUUGGGUCACCCAGAGGAGGGCUUCUCCCCUGGGUGACCCUCAGCUGGAGAAAAUGGGCAUGUUGAGGCUAGGGAGAGGGCCUAGGGGGCAAAGCUGCACAGCAGGGUGGUUGUGAGGAUCUCAUACGGUCACUUCUCACAGGCACUUAGGCUAGAUUUGUCACCGGGCCUCAGCAUCCACUGCUGUUCAUGGCUGCUUCUGCUGGCACUGCUCUGGUCCAUGCUCCCGUACCACAAAUGGGAAAGCUGCUCCUGUAUUUAGUCUCUUGUCCACACAGAGACACUAGGUGGGACAAAAGGCCUUAUGGGCAGCCUGUUAGCAUGAGGUGUGCUCAUCCAGAUCAUCAAUAAAAAGGGCUGGCCCCAGUACUGACCCCUGAGGAACACAGCUAGCGACUGAUGGCCAGCUGGAUUUAACUCUCCUCUCCUCUCCUCGCCACCUCUCUCUGGGCCCAGCUGUCCAGCCAGUUUUUACCCAGUGAAUAGUACAACCAUCCAAGCCAUAGACUGUCAGCUUCUCCAGGGGAAGAGGGCGGGGUCUAGGGGGAUGAAGUCUAGGUAGACAGCAUCCACAGCCUUUCCCCCAUCCACUAGGUGAGUCACCUGGUUGUAGGAGUCAAGGUUGGACAAACAGGAACAUGAAUUCAUGUUGGCUAGGCCUGAUCACCUGGUUGUCUUCAAUAUGCCAUGUGAUCACACUCAGGACAAUCUGCUCCAGGACCUUCCCCAAUACCAAAGUCAGGCUGACAGGUGUGAAGUUCCUCAUGAAGUUCCUGGUGGCUACCAGCAUUUCUACAUAUGCCACAGGAGUCCAGUCUUUUGACUUGCCUGGGCCACAUGGAGUGAAGAGGAACUGUCUUGGGCCACACAGAAAAUACACAGUUAACGUAGAUCAGUUACAAAACUUAUUUUAUAUAUGCAUAUCUUUUAUUAAAAGGUAAAAAACAGCAACAAAAACGUAAAACUAGCGGCAUAUGUAGCUUUGUUUUGGUGAGCCUCAUGCAUCAGCUUCUGGUUCAACAGCAGUGGCUGCAGUUCUUAGUGAGUUCCCAAGGGGUUUGGCAGAGGUUGUACAAAAAGAGGUCACUCACUACCUGGGAGCUCAGUCCGGCCACGUGCCUCACAGCAGGGCCGAUGCCAGGGCCACGGCAGCCCAGGGCAGCUGAGAGGGGCUGUUCGAGGUGGGGCCGAAGGCUGGGGCUGGGGCGUUUGUGACAUCACGGUGCGUCACAAUGCGGGGCUGGUAUUGAGGCCAUCAGCAGGCAGCGGCUGCUCCACUUUGGCCUGGGCCAGCGAUCAUGGCUUUGGCGUUUGUCUUCUCGUUGUUGGCGCAGAGAGUGCCAUGUGUUGGUGAUUAUUUGGAUGAGGAGACCCUCAACCGCAUGCGGCAGCGUGAGGUGUAUCUGCAAGAGCAGAUGACAAAGCUGCUGCUGGAGAUAGAAGAGAUGGAAAGGGCGCAGGGCAGGAUGGGCUUGCAAGCCCUGCUCUUUGCUUUGUUGCCAUACUGGAAAACUGUGAGCGUUCUUUGUCUCUUCAUCUUUCUGUUUUGGUUCGUGUGGAAGAUCCACAAGAAGUUCCGGGGCGUUGAAGACGACAGUGAUGUGGAGAGCUCCAGCAGUGAGGAGCAGCAGCAGGAGCAGCAGGAGCAGCAGGAGCAGCAGGAGCAGCAGGAGCCGGUGGUGGAAGUGGAAGCGAAGGAUGAAUUUGUCUUUGCUGAAGAGUUCUGGCCAAUCCAUACCCAUCAAGAGGAUGGUGAACUGAUGCUCUCGCUGUUGCGUUACCUCAUCGAUAUCUGCCAAUAUAUCGUGGCGGAUACUUUCUAUCCAGUGCCAGCACACACCACCGGGGUGGGCAGUGUCUAUGAAGGCUGGUGUCCCCUUGUAAAUGAGCCUGUCUUCUGCAUGGUUGUGUCCCUGUUGGCCCCCCGUGGGCACACUUUCCACCCGGAUCUGGGCACCCCAGGGGAGCUGCCAGCGAGGAACUCCCGUGUCCGUGUAGAGCUGGAAUGCACGUGCGGGAGGGAGCAGGAGAUGCGCAUGCGAUGCUUCCUCCACGCCUCCGCGGAAGAGCUGAGAAAUCAGCAGUCCAACCUCCUGCAUAGCCUCUGCACUGACUCCUACCUGGAUGUGGAGAAGACUACCCAGUGGUUCCAGAAGCUGAUCGGAAAUGCCUGGAAAUGCACGCAUUUGUCAGCAGUGUGCAGCAUGAAUGUGACACAGUCCAAGCGCUCCUGCAGGCUUCAGGUGACAGAUGUCUACAAGAAAAUCUUCUUAGUUGAGAUGCUGUUUGGCGUACAGCAAGAUGACACGGACAUCUUUCUGAGCAGCCAGGAGACAGAGGUCGGUACUACUCCCAGCACGACCUGGCCACAGAGCUGUGCUGUGGCAGAAGCGAAGUUCUUCCUACUUGUAGCCGCCCGUGCUGAGGAGAGGAAUUUCUACAUCAGAUAUAUGCAAGUGUGCGCCUAUAUCCUGGUGGGCCUCAACUUUUCAGAUUAUGAACUGAAGACAGUGCUCAUGCACCUCCUGACUGCCAUCCCUUUGGAAAGCUGGCAUGGGAGCUAUUUCCUGGAGCGGAUCGAUGACCUCUUGCGCUACCUGCGCUGCUGCGUGGAGGAGAAGCAUCUGGGCCACUUCUUCAUUGGAAAUGAAGACGUGCCUGCGGAGAUUAUCUUGCCGCAGGAUUUCCGAGAGUCCGAACCGCUCAACCUCUUCCAGCACCUGGAGGAUGCCGGAAAGACAUGAGCAGGCACUGCAGGAGUUGGAGGAGCUGCAAGAUCGGCUCAUGAGCCUGCUGAUCUAUGGGAAGUGAGAGACAUCCACUUGUCCCACAGACGAGCACCCUGAACACGGAGAAGACACCGCUCCGUAGGCAGUGGGAAUUGCUCCUGGAUGUUUUCUCCACACUGGGGCAGCCGAUGAAGAGGGUGCUGCGUGAACACUUGAAACAGAGACUCUUCAAACCAGCUGGGCAGAGACCACCCAGCCUCUCCAAGAGCAUCUGUUUGCUCCGGGAGCAUUUUCCCCUAGGAAGACCGGCAAUGAAAGACUUGCUUGAAGAACCUGAUCUGAAGAAGUAGAGCACAAUGUACUUUGUGACGUGUGCUUAGAAAGAGCUGAUGCGAAAAAGCAGAAAUACCACCUGUUGAAGUCGCGUAUUUUAGAACUACAGUUGUUGAAUGAUGUGGUUAAUUCUCACUUCUCAAGCUCUAGUAGAAUUAUAUUCAUAUAUUAUCUAUAGUAUCAGAGACUAGAAAGUACGUUGUGAUCUGUUCUGUUCUUUUAAUAAUUUUAAUAAACAUAUUUAUUUUUAUAA